CCUUCCUUCUGCAUUCACAGGCAAACUCUCUCUCUCUCUCUCUCCCUCUCUCUCUCUCUCUGCAAACGCCGAUGGCUGAGAGACCCAGAUUGCAAAUCCGUGACCUUCUAUUUCGUAUAGAUUAUUCCGCCUACAGCUUUACGACGAGUUCGAGCUCGCUGAAGAUCGGCGAGACACUCUGUGCGUUUUGCAGACCACUGAUUGGCCUGGUCGAGGCUUUCAUCUUCAGCUUAGCUGGUUGCUUCGAUUGCCACUGUCAACCUCACCGCCUUUCCUUCACCCACGAUGACGUCGUUCGACUCGCCGCCACCUCUCCAUUUAGUGUGAAUGAAGUGGAAGCAUUGCGCGAACUGUUUAACAAGUUAAGUAGCUCCAUUCUCGACGAUGGAUUACUUCACAAGGAGGAGCUGAGGUUGGCGCUUUUCAAAACUCUAGCUGGUGAAAAUCUUUUUCUUGAUAGGGUGUUUGAUGUUUUUGACGAAAAGAAAGAUGGAGUGAUUGAAUUUGAGGAGUUUGUCCACGCACUAAGUGUGUUUCAUCCGUAUGCUUCUCUUGAGGCCAAGAUUGAUUUCGCAUUUAGGUUGUAUGAUUUGAGGCAAACCGGAUACAUCGGGCGGGAAGAAGUCAGGCAAAUGGUGGUUGCUACUUUGUUGGAAUCCGGCAUUCAGAUGCCGGAUGAAACUCUGGAAGCUAUCGUCGAUAAGACGUUUGAGGAUGCCGACGUUGACAAGGAUGAAAAAAUUGGCAAAGACGAAUGGAAAGCCUAUGCUACUCGGUACCCAACACUCCUAAAGAACAUGACCCUUCCAUAUUUAAAGGACAUCACGACUGUUUUUCCGAGUUUUAUUUUCAACACUGGAGUCGAAGACUGAAAAUGUUGGUAAUGCUCUGCUAUGUAGAGUAUUCAACGAUAUCAUUCCUAUAUCUUGGCUUAGUUUAGGAAAUAAAUUUGUAAUUGAUUUGUAUAGAUUUAUUUUCCUGUUGUAUAUCUAGAAUGUAGGAUAGUUUAUUUCUCUAUCAAGAGUUCUUCUUUGUAUAAAUGUCUUGGUAUCAAUAGAAGAAAAUCACUUCUGCAAAAUAUAUUUUUACUCUA